AUGACCCAAACAAACCCAGAAAGCGAAAAUCCCGCUUCCUUCCCCUUAGAAAGACUAAGCUGGCAGAUGACCAAGAACGCAAGCAUCAUAAGCCAGUUCCUGCACGCCCAUGAGCUCCCCCAGCCAUCCACGGCGCAGGACGGCCCCGUAGAGGUCCUCCCCGCAAGCUGUCCGCAGAGCAUCCGGCAAGCUCGACAAAACCUGAUCGAAGAUGCACUGAAGCUGUUCCAGCUUGCCAUUGGUCCAAGUGAAUUCCUGUCUCACUUAUCCACUGGCUACCAAUACAUCACGUGUCUCCGAUGGCUCUGCCACUUCAACAUCAUUCAUCACCUGCCCCUGACCGGCAGUAUGUCGUACUCAGAUCUGGCGGCUAAAGCCCAAGUACCGGAGCAAGCGCUGAAAAGCAUCGCCCGGAUGGCCAUGACCAAUAUGCUGUUCACUGAGCCCACGCCGGGCCAAAUUGCCCACUCAGCUACCUCGGCUCUUCUAGCUGCAAAUGACAAUAUGUACGCCUGGGCUAAAUACAUGUGUGAUAGGUCCACACCCACGGCGAUGAAGAUGGUCGAGGCGCAUGAGAAAUGGCCCGGAACGGUGCGCAAGAACGAGACGGCGUACAAUAUCGCGUUCGAGACGGACCUCCCGUUCUUUGAUCAUCUUGCGACCGACUCGGAGAAGACGGCGGAGUUUGCUGCCUAUAUGAAGAAUGUCACGACGAAUGAGGCACAGAUAUCAAGCAUCUGUUGGCCGGGUUUGAUUGGGGGAAUCGGAGGCUCAACCGGCCACGCCGCCAUCGCACUCGCCAAAGCCUUCCCUGACUUGAUAUUCAUUGUGCAAGACCUGCCCAUAAACGUCGACAACGGUCGCCAAGCCGCCUCGUCCACGCUCCCACCUGACUAUUUCGCGCGGAUUAUCUACCAAGCGCACGACUUCACGCAGCCACAGCCGGUCAAAGGGGCGGAGAUCUACCUCCUCCGGAUGAUCCUGCACGACUGGCCCCGAGAGGAGUCCGUGCAGAUUCUCCGGAACAUUUUACCGGCAAUGAGUCGGUGCAGUAGACUGCUUAUCAUGGACUCGGUGCUGCCUGCUCCGGCAACGGUACCGAGCUCCGUGGAGCGGAUCAUGCGGGUGAGAGACUUGACUAUGAUGCAGGCGUUCAAUAGUCAUGAGAGGGAUCGAGGGGAUUGGGAGGAUCUUUUGGCUGCCGCGGAUCCGAGAUUGCAGUUGGUGCAGAUUGUGCAGCCGUUUGGGAGUGUGAUGUCUGUUUUGGAGGUUGUCUUUAGAUCUUGA